CAUCUGCUCUAGUAGCCUUAAGGCGAGGUAGAGCGGCGCCGGGGCGGCCUAGACUGUCUUUAGCGGCGUCAGUGGCAGCAGCCCCGAAGCAGGUCCCAGCGGAGCAAGAACUCCAAUCCCCAGCUGAAGGGGACGUGGGCCCAGCAGACUAGCAGGCAGUCUGGUGCCCUUUUGGUGUCACCAGUGCUGCGUCAAGGCGAUGCAAGUCAGGCUUAGGGGCCGGCUUCGCAGAUGCGGUUGGUCAUUGCAACACGACCGACCCUUGUCAGUUACCGGUUCCGAAUCCGGAUCCAGAGUGCAAGUGCUUGCGGAAGCCGGAGGAGGUCUGGGGUGGCGGUCAGGCGUCUGCCGGGCGCCGCCACCUCCCACUCAUGGCCAGGCUGGCCCCGUGGGCUGGGUUGCGCACGCCCGGGUGCCUGGCUUUUGCUCGCCAGAGGAAGCUCUUCCUAGUGUACACUAGGUCUGGCCUCUUUGGCCUAUCUCCGUCUACUCUGCUGCCUCUGGCUGACAACCCCUCUGUCAUCAGCUGUCAUGGCCAGGUUCCUGAGGAGGGAACUGGAGAAGUGAUGCCACUGGAACCAGGAUCCCUGCCUUCUCACCACAAAGACCCUGAGAAGGAUCAGCCUCCCAAGACAGCUGGGCCGGAGCCGCCCCCACCUCUCAUACCACCUCUGCCUGCCGGGAAGCUGCCUCCCUUCCCACCUUACUUCGAGGGUGCUCCCUUCCCCCACCCACUAUGGCUGAGGAACACCUACCAGCAGUGGGUGCCGCAGCCCCCACCCAGGACCAUCAAGCGGACCCGUCGGCGACUGUCCCGAAACCGGGAUCCUGGCAGACUCAUUCUCAGCACAAUCCGCCUGCGGCCACGCCAAGUCCUGUGUGAGAAAUGCAAGAGAUCUGUGAGUCCUCAGGAGGCCAACCCUGGCCCCCUGAACACUCCCAAACCCCGCCGCAGGCUAGGCAGUGGCCCUGACAGUGAGCACCGCAAGCCAGAGGAACCAGUGGACAGCGACCCUAUAGCUGCGGCUGCCCCGAGGAGGAGCAAGAGGGAGAAGCGGGAAGAGGACAGGGUUCUUGGAGAGCAUAUCCCGCGGAGCCCAGUCAUCAAGAUUUCCUACAGCACACCCCAGGGCAAGGGUGAGGUGGUCAAGAUCCCAUCCAGAGUGCAUGGCUCCGUGGAGCCCUUCUGUCCCCAACGGUCUCUACAGAAUGGCAGCCAGGACUCUGAGGUAGUGAGGGAUGUGGAGCCCAGGGGCGGUGGAGACCGACCAUCCAAUGGGCCUUCAGCCUCCAUCCCUAAGCUCAAGCUGACUCGUCCAGUGCCUCCUAUCUCUGACCUGCCACCUCCCAAAAUCCGCCUGAAGCCUCACCGGCUGGGGGACGGGGACCAUGAGCCUCUGUACAGGGCUGAGCUGGUAGAGGAGCUGAAUGGAUGCCCACGAGGGCCCCUGGCCAGCUCUCCUGCUCUCUUUGCUGAUGGCUCUACCCACGGCCUGGAGGACUUGUCCUCUGGAAGUUCUGGUGAGGACGAUGACCUCAAAAGGUUUCCCCAAGGUAAACAUGGACGUGAUGGCUUGGCCUUCCUUGUCGACUGCCCUGGGAGAAAAGCAGACUGUACCAGUGAAUCUGUGUGCAGCACUGACAGCCUGGAUGAAUUGAAAUCAUCGGGUUCAGAAGUGACAUCUCCAGACACAGGGGACCUGUCAUCUGGUGACAGUGCCUCUGUUCCUUCGUCUUCCGCUAACACUCGCCAGACAGUCCCUCCCCUCACGGUCAGGCUGCACACGCAGAGCGUCUCACAGUGCGUGACUGAAGAUGGAAGGACGGUGGCUGUAGGGGACGUUGUGUGGGGUAAGAUUCAUGGUUUUCCCUGGUGGCCGGCGCGUGUCCUUGACAUCAGCCUUGGCCAGAAGGAGGAUGGAGAGCCCUCUUGGCAAGAAGCGAAAGUGUCAUGGUUUGGGUCUCCAACAACAUCAUUCCUGUCUAUUUCAAAACUGUCCCCUUUCUCUGAAUUUUUCAAACUGAGAUUUAACCGUAAGAAGAAAGGGAUGUAUCGGAGAGCUAUAACCGAGGCUGCAAAUGCCACACAACAUGUGGCCCCAGAAAUAAGGGAGCUCUUGACCCAGUUUGAAAUGUAACUUUGGUUCCGAGAGCAGGUCACCGACAAUGAGGGUGCAGCUGCUGUCUUGGAACUUCUGGCAUUCGUUCAAGGGACCCAUGUGCCUCUGGCUGGCUGUGUGCAGAAACAUGCUGGGCACAGUGGUCAGCAUGACUCCGGGUCCCCAGAGGAGCAGGUGUGCAUGGGGGUGGGGGCCCGGCUCGGCAUCUGGCUCGUCUCAGCGAAUGUAUCUGUUCCCAUGAUUCAGGCUUCAGCAUUCCUCACUGAGAAGUGUCCUGGAGCUUGGUGACAUGUUUGCUGCUUUGUGUGCUAGCAGCUGCAAGGCUUAGGCAUCCUGACACAGAAGCAGGGACUUCUGCCCAGCCCGUGAGGCUGCUAGUGUGGGUGCUGGGCCUCCCUUACAGGGCACCCACCUAAGACUGGCCUUGGCUAUUCAGCUACAGCCAUCCUGCAGGCUUGAGGAAACCAAAUUGCACGUAUGGGGUUCUCCCUCUCCAGCCC